AUGUCCAACAACCCUCAAGACCUCCGUAAACGCGCCAGCGAGGCCGCAGACUCCGCCAAGGACCAAGCCAACCGCGCCGUCAAUACCGCCGAGGACAAGGCCAAUUCGUCCCCCGCGAUCCGGGCUGCUGAGGAUGCGGUCCACAAGGGGUCUACCUUCCUUCAAGGUCAGAUCCCCAACAGUGACGUCGCGAUGGGUCAUCCGAUCCACCCCUCCACCGUCCACUUCCCGAUCGCCUUCCUCUCAGCCGCCUUUGGGUUGACCUCCCUCUCCCUCCUCCCUACUUCGCUCUACCCAUCCUCCAUCCUCCCCGCCACCGGCGUCAUACCUGGUCUGGCCUACUACUCGGCUGCCGCGGGUGUCAUCACGGCCGCUCCGGCGAUCAUCACCGGCCUGGGCGAGGCAUACGAGCUCAUCCGAAAAGAGCGCAAGGUCAAGGGAUCGUGGGGAGCUGUGGCGGAUGCGACGUGGAACAUGUCGGACACGGGCGGACAGAAGGUCAAGACCACAUUGACACAUGCGAGCAUGAACGAUAUGGUGGUUGCGCUUGCUGGGUACAAUUGGUACCGAGGUGCCUACUACCCGUCUCAGGCGCUGCCGAAAUGGGUCAUCUAUGGCAACGCCCUUGCCCUUCCCGCUCUGCUCUACUCCGCGUACCUUGGAGGAAAGCUGGUCUACGAGUACGCCAUGGGUGUUCAGCGUCAAGGUGCCGGACUGGACAUCAAGAAGCAGAUGGCCAAGGAGAAGUAA